GCACGGCGUGCUGUGCUUCCUGCCCUCCUACGAGCUCAUCGACACGCUCGUGACAAGGUGACAGUUGACAGCUCGGCCGCGUGCUGCUCGUGGCGUGCGGGCGCGCGCCGCACGGCGUGCUGUGCUUCCUGCCCUCCUACGAGCUCAUCGACACGCUCGUGACAAGGUGGAAGACCACAAAAUUAUGGGAACAACUCAUAAAAUUAAAAGACGUGAUUAUCGAAAGUAAAAAUGCAAAAGACCACGAAAGUAAUAUGAAGCACUUCUACUCUCGCGCGGAGUGUUCCGGCGCCCUUCUUCUGGCCGUGUACCGCGGAAAGGCGGCCGAGGGAAUGGACUUCAAGGACCGGCAGGCGCGCGCCAUAGUCGCGGUCGGGAUCCCAUUUCCAAACAUCGGAGACAUAGCCAUUAAAGGGAAAAUGGAAUACAAUGAUAGAUAUUCGCGCGAAAAAAACAUACUUGGAGGUCACGAGUGGUUAAAAAUUCAGGCAUACAGGGCUCUUAACCAGGCUGUGGGGCGAUGUGUAAGGCAUAAGGAUGACUGGGGCGCCGUGCUUCUGGUGGACAGCCGUCUCGCGGAGCAAGACGCGCGACAGAACCUGCCCACUUGGGUGAAGGGCGCCCUGGAAAGGAACAGCAAUCCCACUUUCGAGAGUCUACAGGACUUUUUUAAAAGAAUGUCAUUAGAAGAUAAAUAAUUUUUUUAUUAAUGAUUUGUUUUUAAUCUGCUGAUAAAAUGUGCCUCUUAUUGUGAUACUCUAUCAAGAAAUUUGUGUGAUUUAUAUAAUUCAUUUUUAUAGGGAUAUUUUAUAAUAAAAAUCAUGUCUAAAA